CAUAUUUACAUUAAUCAUAUUUACUUGCAGGCACCUCCAAAUCCACCUCCGCCUGUACCAAAUCAUCUUAAAUCUCCUUUAAAAUUAUUUAAUGGGAAUGAAAUGAAUAACAUGCGUGCCGAUGAUGUUACAAAGAAAUUGGAUUUGAGAAUCGGUUCGGAUAUAUCAGAUUCAGCUGAAAACAUACGAACUUUGAAGCUGAAUGGCCAUGUUGGCUUCGACUCGUUGCCUCAUCAACUUGUUCGAAAAUCAACUAAACGAGGAUUCCAAUUCAAUUUAAUGUGCGUUGGAGAGACUGGUAUGGGUAAGACGACAUUAAUUGAAUCAUUAUUCAACAUGAAAAUUGAAUUCCCACCAUGCAAUAGUGAAUUGAAAACUGUGGAGUUAUUAUCGAAAACAUACGAAGUGGUCGAAGGAAGCAUUCAUUUGAAACUUACGAUCGUAGAAACAGCUGGAUUUGGCGACCAACUUGAUAAAGAUAAAAGUGCUGAAGUGAUUUUGGAUUUUAUUAAUCAGCAGUUCGAAAAGUAUUUAAUGGAAGAGUUAAAAAUUAGGCGCUGUUUAGACUAUUUUGAUGAUACACGCAUUCACGCUUGCUUAUACUUUAUUUCGCCUACAGGACAUGGUUUGAAAGCGCUGGAUAUAGUCACAUUAAAACGGCUUGCUGAACGUGUUAAUGUAAUACCAGUGAUAGCUAAAGCUGAUACUACUUGCAAAGAUGAACUUAUUCGCUUUAAAAGCAAGAUUUUAAGCGAAUUACGCAAUCAUAAUAUAUCGAUUUAUCAAUUUCCAACCGAGGAUGAAACAGUCCGUGCUAUUAACACUGAAUUAAAUAAACUGUUACCAUACGCAGUUGUAGGAAGUACUGAUUUUGUGAAAAAAGAGAAUGGGAAAUCAGUGCGAGCUCGCAAGUAUCCAUGGGGAAUUGUUGAAGUUGAAAAUGAAGAACAUUGUGAUUUUGUCAAAUUGCGAGAAGCUGUAUUACGAACUAAUGUGGAUUCUUUGCGUGAGCGAACUCAUAAAAUUUUGUACGAGGCCUACCGUCGAGAACGUUUACGGGCAAUGAAAGUUGGUGAUGGCGAAACUGGUCCAAAAAUGUUAGAAACUUUUGCAAAAAUUAAUCUUCGUGCUAAAGAAAUAGGAGAAAUUUAUAUCGAAGAAAUGAAACGUAUCGAUUCACAAAUACAUACUCUAUUGGAAGAAAAAUCAAAGUUGGAAACAAAAGCAAAAAAAUCCAGAAAGUAG